GGAGGCUGUUUUUCAGGGACCGACUGUUUCCACCUUAUCUUUUUUUGUGAAAGAGCCCAGAGCGAGAGUGACUGGAAUUGAGCUUCGUUGAAAGUGUUUGGCUGUUGAGAAGAAGAGGGUAUCACACCGCUUCCCUGCACUUUGCGCCUUGUUUUUACUUGAAAGUCCUCUUUCCUAUAGGGCUGGAUAUUAUCUCUACGUUGAGGCGUUUGGCUAUUCUUUGAAGUGGUUGUUGAUAUCACCUCCGCUACGGCUUAAACGCGGUGUUGAUACCCCUUGUCUUCUCACGGUUACGAAAAGAGUCACACAUACACACAAUGUCUUCGUCUCUGCCAGGCGUCCGGCCACUUCCCGACUCUCAGUAUGAUCUUAGCACCUACUGGGGCCGUGUGAGGCAUACUGCGAGCAUUACAGAUCCGAGGACCCUCCUCGUAGGCAGUGCCGGUCUUACAGAUGCCAAAAACCUCCUCAUCGCCUACAAGAAUGGGCAAAUUCCACACAUGACCCCCGACCUCUGGAAGGCCAAGAAGAUUGUCGACUCGACUCUGCACCCAGACACAGGCGAGGCGGUCUUCCUCCCCUUCCGCAUGUCAUGCUUUGUCCUCUCCAACUUGGUGGUGACAGCGGGCAUGUUGACCCCUGGCCUUGGUAACCGCGGCACCAUCGCCUGGCAAGUAGCCAACCAGUCCCUCAACGUAGCAAUCAACUACUCCAACUCCAACAAAUCCUCCCCCUUAUCCUGGUCCAAAAUCGCCCAGUCCUACUUCCUCGCCGUCGGCGCCUCCUGCUCCGUAGCCGUAGGCCUCAACUCCCUCGUCCCCCGUCUGAAAUCCAUCACCCCUUCCACCCGCCUCAUUCUCGGCCGCCUCGUCCCCUUCGCCGCCGUGGCCUCGGCCGGUGCCCUCAACGUCUUCCUCAUGCGCGGGGAGGAGAUCCGCACCGGCAUCGACGUCUUCCCUGUCCUGUCUCAAAAGGCCAGGGAGGCGUUUGCUGCCCAGGGCAAGUCCCCCUCCGAGGUGGAGAGUCUGGGCAAGAGCCAAAAGGCGGCGACGUUGGCGGUGGGGGAGACGGCGGUGAGCAGGGUGCUGAAUUCGUCCCCGAUCAUGGUCAUCCCCGCGCUGGCGCUGGUGAGGUUCCAGAGGACGGAGUGGCUGAGGAAGAACCCUAGGUGGACGACGCCGUUGAAUUUGGGGUUGAUCUUGGUGACGUCGUAUGCGGUUUUGCCGUUGGCGCUGGCGGCGUUCCCGCAGAGGCAGAAGGUUAGGGCGGAUAGUUUGGAGGAGAGGUUUCAUGGACGGGGUGGGGAGGGGGGGUUGGUGGAGUUCAAUAGGGGUAUUUGAGGAGAUAUAGGGAAAUAAACGAAUGGAUCAAGAUGCAUGGUGUUUUGGAGGCUGAGGGGGCGAAGGGUUUAAAAAAGAAGGUUUGCCUGGGCGUGAGAGCGUUGCCAGUUGUCAGUGUUAGCUUGAAGUCUAAUUCCCCUUCUCCAAGAUCCAUAAUCCGGGCAGAGGGUUCGGUUUUCCAGCAAGUCCUUCUCCAACCAACACUCAAACUUUAUCCAACCAGGUCCAACACUUCGGAUUCCCCGAGUCCACUGGGACAUGAGCAUCUCAAACAUUGUCUUGCGUAAAGACACUCACCAACUGAAGAUACCCUACCCAAGACUCCCGUCUCAGUGAACAACAUGAGAUCCGUUCACAAAACAAGGGGUGUAAUCUGAUGCAAGUCCCACUUUUGUCACGGUAACUUGAACCCAGUAUGUGGAGCCUGUGAAACAGUUGUUGUUGUUACUGUUGUGGUGCGUGAACUGUUGCACGGCAGAUGGUGAGUGAAACCACACUUGUGUAAAUUUCAAAGCCCCAGACCUUCAAAAACACAUCCAUUGGCCUUGGCCUAUAUUCAACACGCCUUCAAGAACAGAUAUUUGUGAGAAUAGACGAAACACGCGGGAAAA